AUGACGGUCCUAGCGUCCCACGACUUUCCCGAUAUCGCUGCAUCCAUAUCAGGGCACUCUUGCUACUCUCACUUCAUCCUUUCACGUUAUCUUGAUCCAGAACAUCUACCAAACAUGGUCGACAUCGAAGAGGCAAACGUGCACUUCACCAAAUCCAACAUUACCGCCAAGUGGACGGCGAAAGAGGAUCUGUCCAUCCUGCAGCUGGCGGAGAAGGCCGGGCUGAAGCCGUUGUUCGGCUGCCGCAGCGCCAUGUGCGGGACGUGCGAGGUGAAGCUGCUCAAGGGACGGGUCUAUGGGCCUGAAGGCGAUUUUCCAAAGGGCAUCUUCAUCUGUCAUAGUUAUCCGGCUACGGCGGAGAUUGAGAUUGAGCUUUGA